UCGAUGUCCAGGACACACAUUGAAAGAAGGCCGUAUUCUAUAAAAUAGCAAACUCUACAUAUCUGUGGAUUAAUUAAAUAAUUAGAUCUAGUCUAGAUCUAGAUCUUUUUACAUCUAAAUUUAAUCUAGGAAUCAAAAUCCUAUACUAUAAAAAUAAAGUCUACAACAAUGUCAUCGAAAGAACGCUUCAAACCGAAUGAGGGAGACUGGAUAUGUCCUGAUCCUAAGUGUGGUAAUGUGAACUUUGCUAGAAGGCCAGAAUGUAACAAAUGUGGAAAAAAUCGUAAAGAUGGAACAGUUUUUAAAAAAGGGGGAACAGAAAUUGGAAAACAAUUAGCAGAAAAAAGUAAGGGGCUGUUCAGCGCUGAAGAUUGGCAGUGUAAAAGUUGUGGUAAUGUCAACUGGGCUCGCAGAAUGACAUGUAAUAUGUGUAAUGCACCCAAAUAUGGCAGGGUUGAACAACGUACUGGUUUUGGUGGAGGUUAUAUGGAAAGAGAUGAAGUUGUGGAGUAUAACAGGCGAGAAGAAUCUGAUGAUGAAUAUGAUGAGUUUGGUAGAAAAAAGAAGAAAUUCAGAAAUUUAAGAAAUAGUACAGAAGACCCAAGUAAUGGGAGCCAACACUUGGUGCAAGAUGAAAAGCAAAAAGAUGUAGAGGAUGAUGAGGAGGAUGAGGAAGAUGAUGGGGAUAUUUCCAAAUACAAGCUGGACUCUGAUGAUGAUGAUGAUGAAGAAGGAGAUAUCUCUAAAUACAAACUAGACAGUGAAGGUGAAGAUGAUGAAAAGAAAAAACAUUCCUCCAGCUCUUCCCCUGGCAAAUAUCGUUCAUCUAGUUCUAGUUCUUCCAGUUCUAGCUCAUCCUCUAGGUCAAGGUCCUCAUCACUUUCAGAUAGAAAGUCAAGAUCUAGAUCACAAUCUGACUCAGACAGCAGGAAAAGGUCCAGGUCUCGUUCUGAUAGUAGAAAAAGGUCACGGUCUGGUAGUAGGAGGCGCUCUCGAUCUAAUAGCAGGAGGCGUUCCCAUUCUGAUAGUGCAAAAAGAAAUACUCAUUCAGAGAGAAAGCAUCUGUCCAGGUCCAGGUCUCGGGACAGAGACAGUAAAAGAGGACGCAGAGAAAAAUCAAGUUCCUCAGGGUCAGGUUCUAGGUCCCGCUCGCCUCUGUCCCACUCGGAUUCCAAACGGUUGAGGUUUGAAAUAGGAUUGAAUGGCUUUUGUCUGCCAUACUAUCAAUUAUGUUUUUAAUAAUUUUUUCCAGGACUUUUCAUUGGGAAAUUCCAUAUGUAGAUUAAACAUAGAAGUUAAGUUUUUAUUGGGAAAUUCCAUAUGUAGUUUAAACAUAAAAUUUACCUAAGAUAUCAAUUUUAGUCUUAACUUAUUCUUUUAAAACAUUUUACAUUUUUUAUUUCUAAAUGAUACAUGUGGGAUGAUUUCAUUCUGAUUAGCCUAAGCUGCUUUUCACUAGACUUUAUUCAUGUUUAUAAAUAACUUUUAUAAAUUCAUGAUUUUAACACUUAAUUUGCUUUGAUGAAAAAAAUCCUCUAAUCUUUGCAAAUUUUUUUUUCUUUCAGACAUUAAAAGGUUGUUAUCGGAUACAAGUGAUAAAGAAAUAUCCUUCAAGGCACGUUUUUCAGAAUUACCCAUGAGUUUUAAUUUAUUGCUACCUGGAAUGUAUUGUUGGAAUUAGAUAAGUAUAUUUCUGUAAGCUGUCAAAAAUAAUUUAAAAAGAAAAACAUUUAAUGGAAAUUAUUUGUUAGUACUUAUAUUUUACAAAUGGCUCAGUUAUUCUAAAUGGGCCAAACGUUCAUAUAUUUUUUAAAAAAAGUGAUUGAAAAAAAGAAGUAUUUGUUUUUGAUAAUAUUGAAUCUUCUAUGAAAUCUAUAGUUAUCCAUUUGUAAUUGUUUUUUCUUUGUUUUUCUGAAUUUAAAAAUGAUGUAAGAGAUUGAAGAGAAAACAAAUCCUUGAAAUUCAGUGACACAAAUGAUUGACUAUAAACUUGUGUAUUGAGUAUAUAAACCUUUCAAAACUAAAAUCCAAAUGAUCAAAUAUUGAACUUAAAAUGUCCUGGUAUUGCUAAUGCUCUCUUUACACCUUUGACCCAAUGCUAAAUCUACACAAGACUAUCCACUGAUUUGUUGGCCUUCUUACUUUCUCACCAUUACUUGUGUUAGGAUAGUCACUACCAACACAAUGAAGUAGCCCUUGUUUAUGUUUACAUUUGUUUAAAUGUUAACAUUGUUGCUUUAUAACUUUCAGCAUUCAGAUUUCUAUGAAUCAUCUUCAAUACAUUUUUUUUUAUUUCAAUUAAGUUUUCAAAAAAAAUUGAAAGUCAUUUUUUGUUAUACAGCAAACAUUUUUCCAUUUUUAUCUUAGUAAUUUAUUUUUUGGUAACAGGGCAUAUUUUAGACUAUAAAAAUUCUCUAAUUAUUCAGAUAUUCUAAUGGUACCAGUAUAGUAAUUUUUAGUUCAGCUUUCAUAUAAAUCUGCUCUGCUGUUUAGAUCUACAAGCUUUGUUUGUCUCAGUACAUUACAGUGGAAUCCAGAUAAUUCAAACUAGUGGACACUUUCCUAAAUUUGAAUUUUUUUUUCCUUUUUUGUCCAUACUGUAAAAAGGUGGUUAAUUCAGAGUCAGUUAUGCUUAUCACCUGAUAAUUCGACACUUUUCUAUUUAUUGUACACCUAUAACUAGCCAUCUGUCAAUCCUUCAUUAUGCUGCAAAUGAAUUUAUUUCCAGCAUUACAUUUUGUAUAAUUCCUAAUGUAUAGUUGUUGACUUGCCUAAUCUGGUGGGUGUCCCUAGUGAGGUGUAAAGUCUGGUUGACUGACACAUCUCCCAUGCCUCUUUUCAGACAAUAGGCUCUCUGUUGGUAUUACUGUCUAGUAAGUUCUGAUCAGAAUGUCAUUGUCAAUUUCUUCAAGUGCAAAUUCUUUGAAGAGAAAAUAUGUUUCUUACACUAGAAAUGUCAUCGCGGCAGGAUGUAAUUAAAAAUUAAAAAAAAAAACAUUACCAAAGAAAGCUGUUGCAUUGAAAUAUGAACACUUUGCCAACAAAUAACCAUAAGCAAACAUAAAAUACCCUCUUUUUGUAGGAUAUUCUUAAUAUUUAGUUAUUUCUAUAAGUAGAAUUCAAACUUAUAUUUUAAAAGUCCCUUUCUGUCCAACAGCACAUUGAAUUCAGUGGAUCUCACUGUAUUUGUAAAAAAAAAAAAAAAAAAAUCCAUUAUGAUUUCAUAAUAUGAAAUUGUUUUAAAAAGAAUAAAAACAACAACUGAAGAAUGGAUUAUCUGCUAUUAUAGGUGCUGAGUGAAACAUUCAAUGAUAAGAAUUAUUAGCAUUAAUUUUGACAAUUAAGUUUAAUUUGGAUGUCAUACUUAGCUAUAUUAGGGAGAAAUGUAUUUGAACAUGGAAUUCUAAAUGAUAAAAAUUGAGAGACCCCAAUUUCUUGUUUUUGUUUUGUUUACAAGAGACUUUACUUGUAUGAUUAAUGGGCCAUAUUUUUAGAAUGGAAUAUAUACAUUGUUUAUGGAAGUAUAUUUGUUGGAUACUUUUUUUUUUACCCCGGUAAAGAAUACCAAGUUUCAAUUAAAUUAGCAGUACAAAAUAGAGAAACGUUGUUUUUUUUAUUUCUAAUGUUACUUUCAUCUUUAUAUUUUUCUAAAUGAGUAGAAAUAUGGUACUUUUUUUUGUUAGCAUUAAUUUAAAAAAUCUUGACCCAUCCAUCAUGCAACAGGGUGUAGAAAAAUGUUUAGUUUACUGCAGCAUCAACAAACCAGACUAGUAUGAUAGUAUUUAUAAGGUGAUGAUGUUCAGCAAGGAACACAUUUGAACAAACAUUGUUUUAAUUUGAAUCACAGUUGCAUAAAUCCAAAGAGUGAAAAAGUUAAAAUUCUUGACAGUGAAGCAGCUUUGCUUUGAGUUUCAUUUAUCAGACUCUACUUCUGUGGCUGACUAAGUUUGUUUCUUUCCUCAUUUUGAAAGUGCGCUUAAGAAUCACACUUUGUUCCAUUUAAAAAAUUCCUGAGUGACUAGUCCAUAUUUCACAGCUUGUUAGCUGUCUUCUACCCAAGUUAAGCAAUCUCACCCACAUACAUCAGAGGUAAUAUAGUGUCUGCUUGGGUGUUAGAGGAGGUAGGCUUUUCCCCUUUGGCUUGUCAUCUUUGGUGGUUGAGAUCAUUGCUACGUCUGUAACUUGUCUUGUGCAUUGUUCACAUUUCACAGCUUGACUGCUAGUUAUAUACACGUUAAAUGAUUCGUGUACAAAGUGGCAGUGAGGAUGAAUUGUCCUGGAGUAGUUCAUAGUGAAAUUUAGUAAAAUAAUAUUUUUAUUUAUAGCAGUGUCUAGUAUGUGUUGUAUAAGUAUAUCUGAGUAGCAAAAAAUUUAGGGCAUCAUCAAGUAAUUAGAAAGGAAGAGGGGGGCUAGUGUAGUAGAUUCAAGGGAAAGAGAUACAAGGAAUAACACAAGUUGAUAAGUUCAAAUCGACAACCUCUUACGGUGAGCAUAUUUUUAAGCCAAUUAGGAAAUAGACUUUAUCAUGGAAAGACAAGACUUAAAUUGCACUAUUUCAAGGUGUUAACAAAUUUCAAUAUUGAAGUAUUGUGAUGCUCACUGUAUGAAGUAUAGUGGUUGUACUUAUGCAUGUCAUUUAUUGUUCCUUUUAUCUCUUUAUCUUGUUCUUUUUACUACAAUUUGUAUUAUUUUUAUCUAUUUAUCACUUAUUUUUUGACAGUUAAUUCAGACAUGUUUGUUUGUAGUCAGAUGUAUAUGUGUAGACAUAAUGUGUGCUUGUGUGUAGCCCUGAAGUCCAUGCACUUGUUCAACCUAUAUUUUUAUCCUUUGAGUGUUUGUGUUUCAUUCAAAUAAAACCCAAUGAACCAGUUUA